AUGCUAAAAAUUUCAGAAAUUAGUUAUCCCAAAAGCUUCCAUUGUUGUACAGCAGGAACUCUUUGGACAAUUUUAGAAAAUUCUACUUAUUUAGAAGCUGAAGAAUUUGCUGCACCUGGCGCGUAUGGGCAACUUCGUUGUAAAGGUCGUCCUUGUGCCAAGUGUCACAAGUGUCGUGAUUGGCAUUUCAGUGGUAAUCAAGACCAGUGGAAUUUAGUCUGCAACUGGGAAAAUUGGAAAAAGGUGGAUGAAGAUCGUUGGAAUUAUGAGGGCUUACAGCUUUUUACGAAACGUGAUGGUGCGACCUGUAAUGUUGCCGAUGCUGAUCGUCAUUUUAAUACUCAGCGUGGCAAAGUUAAUGAUAAUCCUGAUCGUAAUCCUGAUCCUGACCCUGCUCCUGAUCGUCAUUUUAAUACUCAGCGUGGCGAAGUUAAUGAUAGUCCUGAUCGUAAUCCUGAUCCUGACCCUGCUCCUGAUCGUCAUUUUAAUACUCAGCGUGGCGAAGUUAAUGAUAGUCCUGAUCCUGACCCUGCUCCUGAUCGCCAUUUUAAUACUGCUCAUCUGUGUCUUUGUGAGAAGCACUAA